AUGCCUUCUCUCGGAAGAGCUCUGCUGCUCGCCGCGGCCAUGCCGCUGGCCAACUUCGUCGGAGCCCAGAGGCUCGUCGUCGAUGGUGAGACCAUUGAUGCCAACGAGGCCACUGUUGCCCCCGCCGCCGAGGAGUUCCCCGAGGCAGACAUCCCCGAGGAGACCAUCCAGUUGACUGAUGCCGUGCUGGCCAACCUCACCCAGCUCGAGCUCAGCAACAUUUCGCUCUUUACCUUCGCUGACGCGACAAAUAUCGAGAAGCGCACUGAGCCCAACAACAAGUGCAAGCUCUUCCCCGGCGACUUCUUCUACCCUUCCGAGCCCGUGUGGAAGGUCUUCAACCUCUUGACUGGCAACUCCCUCAUCAAGACGGUUCCCCUCGGAGCUGCUUGCUACGCUGGUGAGCACUACGAUGCCGAGAAGUGCCAGUACCUCCUCGACAACUGGACCAACUCCGACACUCACGAUGAGGAUCCUACUUCAGUCAUGUCCCCUCUCUACCAGGGCUCUACUUGCCAGCCCCAGAACGCCGCCAACAACCGCACUUGCGAGAUUGGUGGCUUCCCCCUCUACUCCGUCAAGGCUACCAACGUGGCCCAGAUCCAGCUUGCCGUCAACUUUGCUCGCACCCUUAACCUGCGUCUCGUUGUCCGCAACACUGGUCACGAUUUCUUGGGCAAGAACACCGGUGCCGGUUCUCUGUCCAUCUGGACCCACAACCUUAAGGGUCUCAAGUUCAUCAAGAACUACAAGUCUGCUGGUGGCUACGAGGGUCCUGCCUUCAAGCUCGGUGCCGGUGUCCAGGUCUCUGAGCUGUACGAGGCUGCCAACAAGGAGGGCUACACCGCCGUUGGCGGCGAGUGCCGCAGUGUCGGUGUCACCGGUGGCUACAUUGCCGGUGGUGGUCACUCCCCCAUGAGCCCCGUCGCCGGUCUUGGUUCCGACCAGGUCCUCAGCGUCGACAUUGUCACCCCCGACGGCCGCCACAUCACUGCUGAUGACAAGACCAACAGCGAGCUCUUCUGGGCUGUUCGCGGUGGCGGUGGUGCCACCUGGGGUGUCGUCACCUCCAUGACCGUCCGAGUCUACCCCAAGACCCAGUUUGCCGGUCUUACCUGGAGCCUCAACACUGCCGAGAAGAACAUCUCUUCCACCGUCUUCUGGGCCGCCAUGGAGGCUUACUGGCGCCGCUUCCCCGACUUCUCUGCCAAGAAGACCUACGGAUACUCGACUCUCUUCCCCGCCGGUAACGGUGCCUACCUCUGGAGCAUGCGCCCCUGGUUGGUCCCCGGCAUGAACCUGGCCGACUUCAAGGCCAUGGUCGAGCCUCUCUUCACCGAGUGGGCUGCCCUCGGCUUCAGCGUCGAGCCCGAGUACUUUGAGCACGACAACUUUUACGCCACCUGGAAGAACCACUUCCCCAUGGAGAGCGUCGGUACCGACACCGUCCGUACCGCUAACCGUCUCAUUCCCAAGGCCAACUGGGAGGACCCCGCCCUCCUUAACGAGACUAUCGCUACCCUCAAGGGAAUUAUCACCGAGGGCUCCGCACUGAUCCAGUACAACAUCAACGCCGCUGCUCCCUCCGACGUCACCGCCAGCUCUGCCAACCCAGCCUGGCGUGAGGCUCUCAUGUUCGCCAUCAUUGGUGGCGGCUGGAGCGCUACCGCUACCCAGGAGGAGAUCAAGACCGCCAACGUCCGCAUCACCCAGGACUGGAUGGGCCGUCUUCGCAAGAUCACCCCCGGCGGUGGUGGCUACGGCAACGAGGGCGACGUCAUGGAGCCCGACUUCGGCCAGGCCUUCUUCGGCUCCAACUACGCCAAGCUGUACGCUCUCAAGAAGAAGAUUGACCCCUGGGGUGUUUUCUACGCCCCCACCGCCGUCGGCAGUGAGGACUGGUACAUUGCCCGCCAGGAGGAUUGGCUCACCAAGCAGACCGAUCGCCUAAACAUUUGUUAUCUGACCUAUAUUCAUUGGCAUUUGAAUGAUGACCAUUGCCCUGAAGCGUUGACGCUGGGCCAAAGAUUCAUGUCAUGGCUUCGGGUGGGACUAUCACAGCGCUAUGAAUAUCCGGUGCCAUUGCACGGCUUCAUCGGUUCGUGUCCGGAUCCGUUCCGGACCUCAAACCCCAGUGAUCUCCGUCUCCUCCGAUAUCCGCAGCCCCGUAAACAAGGCUUAGUCGGUCUCGACUGUCCAUAUCCAAAUAUUAAUAGGAAAAUUGAUGUGCUCAAUGGAGCUGAACGGACCUUAACCUGGCCUCUUGGCUACCUACUCAAUACGAGAGUCGAUGCGGUUCUCAUGCGCGUUGACUCGGGCGACAUUGCUCAUUUCGGCAGUUCACUGGAGAUCCUUGCUGUCCUGGGGAUCCGAACGUUGCCCUGGCGGUGGAGUGGUCGACCUUUCUCGCGAUUUAAGCUUGUCCGCCAAGCUUCCAAGGCCUCGUGUUCACGAUGGACUCCUCCAGUGUUGGACGUCUUGCCUUGGCCCGUUGCCGGUGUCGCUCCUCUGCACGAACCGCACCGCCAAUUUCCACCGACUUUCGAUACGAUGAUGUCGCGUGCCGCCGCAGCGCUGCUGCUUUCCUUUGGAAUAUCGUCGGUUCUCGGGUCGCUCCGAUGCUUCAAUGAUGACUUGGCCGCUAUUGAGACGCCGAUCAUCGCGCUUCCGGCCUACGUCAAGCGUCAAGAGUCCAAGCCGGUCGACGUGUACUUUCACGUCACCAGCACCGUGGCCAACAAGGAUAGAAUCACCGACGCAGUCGUCGAUGCCCAGUUUGAGGUCCUGCACUCAACGUACCUCAAGUACGGCUUCGAGCUGAAUCUCGUCAACGUUUCGCGCAUCGUAGAUGACGUCCUCGGCAAGGGCUUCUACGAGGAAUCCGGCAUCGGCAUCCCCGACUUUGAAGGCUACGUCGCCUGGCGCACCGCCACACGCCGCGGGGGCUACGAUGCGCUCAACGUCUACUUCUUCUCGGAUCUGGGUGUCAGCCUUGGCGGACAGUGCGCGCUCGCAGGUGUCGUGCAGGAGGGCAGCCAACAAUUCUAUACCGAUGGAUGCUGGGUCAACGGCGACUCCAUGCCUGGCAUGACGCCCCGCAGCGGCAACGACACGACACCGCGGAAGGGGCAUGUUGCUAUCCAUGAGGUCGGGCACUGGUUUGGGCUGCUCCAUACGUUCCAUGGACGUUUCUGUGAAGGGAUCAAUGAUCAGGUUGCCGAUACGCCUGCGCAAGCUGGUGGGAGCUCGGGGUGUCCUGUUGGAAGGGACUCUUGCCCUGAUUCGCCUGGUUUGGAUCCCAUUCACAACUUCAUGGAUUACUCGGAUGACACUUGCACGACUGAGUUCACUCCUGGACAGGAAGAGCGUAUGCACCAGCAGUUCGAUUGUUCGGGUUUCUCCAUCACUAGCUUCAUGCUCCGACCCGAGGAUAAUGAAGUCAUGAGUAUUAAUGCGUUAAGCACCUCAAUCUGCAACGCCGUCUUCAGGGCUAUCAUUAAAUGUCCCGGUGUAAUUAAAGUGCCAUAUUGCCGCGGGCAAAGAUUACAGAACGUUUUGAAAGAAUAUCUUCAUCGAACUUCGGUAAGAAAAUGCAUUGUCAAGGAUCUUCUCCGCGACUCUAGGCAGAGAAAGGAGGACGGGAUGGGGCUUAUUCGGGCCCGAAAGCAUCGUCGGCCUCGCCGGGUCGGCGUGACCACCAUUCUGACGGACACUCAAGGCAGCUCAGGCGUGAAGAGAGUCUCCUUCCAGACUUGCAGGUUUAUAAGUACUAAGGAUGCGCCCGCAACCUUCGGUUCUGCCGUGUUGCGACACAACGAUAGCAGCAGCCAGGGGACGAGGGAUGCUUCUGGGUUGCAAUAUGAGGGCUGCUCUCGUAGCUCCAGCAGGUCAGAAUGCCGGCUUGCGGCGUCCGUCACACCGAAGACUCUUGGCCGUGUACACAAAUUCGAGGCAUCCGAUUGCCUUUCCAAGGAUCCUUUCGUUUCUGCCUUGGGAUUAUGGAAUAUUUCACGACUGACAUUUGAGUCAUUCACCUUGCAUGCGAGGUAUUUCAAUGCGGGCUGCAUGGUUUUCGGCUCUGCAUUUCUCAGGACGACUCUCCCUCUUAGGGCGUUCAGGCAGAGUCGAAGGCAUACUUUUCCAGACCAACUUGCGUCUGCCAGUUUCUCCUGCAACGUGAACAUGGAUCCACUGUCUAUCACAGCUUCGAUCAUCACCCUGAUCGAGGCAUCGGGUAUCCUCACAAAGUCCUUGCAUGGCUUCAUUCAUGGUCUGAAGACGGUGGAUGCCAGGGUCACUAGGCUCUGUGAGGAGCUCAAGAACCUGACGAAUCUGCUGGAAGCAGUGGAAGGAGCCUUGAAAGAUUGCCGAUCCUACGACCUUGCAAAGGUUGAAGAAGACCUGCUGCAACAAAGCGAUAUCGCGCUUGCAGACUGCCAGACUACCCUGAAUGACUUGAAGAUGCUCAUCGAGAAGAUCAAGAAGGCGGCAAGCUCUCGAGCUCUUGGAUGGAAGAUCAAAGCCAUGUUCGACCUCUCAGUCCAUGGCAAUGAAUUAGUGACAUUCCAAGAGAAGAUUCACAAGUCUAAUGGGGCUUUGCAGACGAUAUUUCACACCAUCACUGUAUCGCUUUCUCUCAAAAGCAAAAUGUCCCACACUCUGAUCAUGGACGAAUUAUUCAGAUUGAGGCAGUCUAUCGACCGAGCUCAUGAAAUAUCGGCAAAGCCAUCCGAAGUGUUUACGCACAGCUUCAGUCGCCUAUCCGACGCAAGACUUUCUAGAAACCUGAAAGCUCUGGCGAAAGCGGCCGAUGGCUUUUACUCUACUGCAAGCUCAUCUGCCGGCACAUCCCGGGGAGACCACAGCGACAGAACCUGGAAACCCUCAUCAUCCGCCGGUUUCAGUGGGCCAGGUCAUCUUUCAUCGUUCCAGCGAGAAAGAAUAGAGCGAUUCAUCGUCGACGGUCGAACUCGAAACGGAUCCAUGACUCCACAGCUGCUUCCGCAAGUAAAUACUUCGUUCCACAACCUGUCACCUCCAGAAACUUGUUUUUCGCCAGUCAAAAGCAAUCCUCCAGCUCCAGAUGACGGGGAUGAACUAAAAAGUCUAGAAGUUGCUGCCAGUGGAGACAACAAACUAGAAGAAGAAGAUGAAGAAGAUGAUGAUGAUGACGAAGCUGCGUUCAGUAGGGAAUACAUUCUCUGCAUUCGCCAGAUUGCGAUUGAGAGCAUCAAGGCUCGAGACUUCACCAAAGCUGGUGACCUAUUGGAGAAAGCUCUCGCACGAUGCGAGAAAGCUACCGCAGACAAGGAGGAGUACUGCCAGAGUAGCUACAUCUCGAUGCGCAGCCUCAAGGUCCAGCUUGCCAUUUGUUACUUCUUCCAGGGCAACUGGAAGUUGGCUGAACCUGUCGUUAUGGACUUGGCCUCUUCCAAGUCCAGCAGGGAUAGUGUGGUGUGCAACUUAUUGCAUGCUCUGGCACUUGCGUACUUGUCUGAGUAUUCCUUUGACAUAGCUCUUGACACCUGCAAGCAAGCACUCAGGGGACACGCACGAUUAUCCAAGCUACGCAAGACCGAUGUUAUCAUGCAAGACUUGAACAAUAGUUUAGGGUUGUUGGCUACGACGUACGACAUGACUAGCGACUACCUCAGCGCAGAAGUCUUUCGACGCAGGCUAUCACCGGGAUUCAAGUACCGGCAUCCGGCCAAUGUUGCGGAUUUCCUUCAAAAUCACUCUGACUUUCUCACUGCGGCCCUGGGCCCGUAUACCCUCGAUCCAGCCUGUGUGGUUCUACCAGACUCUCCGAUAGGACAGCCCAGUGAGCAGGAUGCCACCACGAGCUCACCAUCUGAACAGGAGGUGUCACAAGUCCGAUGGGAUGGCUGGGGAACCAUCAACCAUCUCCCCUCGAAUCUACGACUCAACAUGGCAAAUCACCGUCGGCUCGAAGUUGAUACGAGCAAAAUAGUAGUCGCACGUUCGAGAUCGUGCACCAUCGAAGGCCACACAGUCGAUGGGAGUUCGCCGACGGAAACAAUCCCGACAAGCCCUGCGACAACAGCAUCUUCACCCAAUACCACACCUGAGAGUUCUCCUGUGUAUGGUCGAAUCGCUCGUUCAUUCAGUGCCAUGGGGUUGAACAGGUCAAUAGCUAGGUCAGAGCCUGGUCUUGGCACCGUUUCCGAGCUAUCACUGCCAUGCGAUUCUCGCCGACAAAGCACCCGAGAUACCAGACUGCCUCUGCGUUUGAACCGAGAGACCUGGAGUGCAAUCGAACUGGAACGCCCUGCAAUGCUUCCAGCGGCAAGGCAUACAGAAAGGUGGGCAUGGAUAAGAAGUUGGCGGAUGCCUCAAUCCGACGGUGUGCUCGAGGAGAGACGCCGGCCUACCAAGCUCCAGAGACGAUCUGCGACUCGAGUCCCGGGGCGAAGUGUGACUGUUGGCGAGUGGUUCACUCCCGCAAAAUGGUUCCGUACUGGUCGAACCGUUUUGAGGCAGGCAAGUUCCUAUCAUCGCGUUGUAGUAGCUGCGGAACCCCGGCGUAUGCCUGCCGGACCAAGAUUCCCAGAACUCAACGGCAAUGCUGUAUCGGAGCUGGGAAUUACUAGUCCUACUCCGGAGCUCGAACAGCAUCAGUCGUCGCCAAUCUCAGCUACACCUCAACAGGUACAUUUCUACGUAUCACACUCUCGAGACAGAUCAAACGCAACGGCACUUACGGAAGUCCGCACAAUACGCCUUGGGAAUCUCGAGCUCAUAUUCAAUAUUGGAAGGAUAAUGAGACCGGUCUCCUUGGAAGUUUCACAUAGAUCAGCCACCAUCCAGACGAUGCAGGGCAUCAAACCAAAGCACGUACUUCAUUCCCAGCGGUGCCGCAUCGUGAUCUUGAACGACCAUCACGGCCCGGAGAACGCCGGGCCCCACCAGGCCGUUGCUGCCCGGAUCGCUGUCUCCACUCUCAUCGGAGAUGGCCCCAUAGAGCGGCGGGAUGACGUCGCAACCCGCAAUCUCGAUCUGGGCCAGUCUUUUCCCAUUAUCUUUAUUUCUUUUCACCCACUUGGAUACCACGUCCCAUCCCACCAUCUCCCUCCCGCUGGUCUCUCUCCCCACGUGCUCCAUCACGAAACCAACCAGCUCGAAGAGUGUGAGGAGAUGACUCUAGCUCACCCAAAGAGGCAUUUUCCCACCACUCACUCCCCAAGGCGAGGACUCUCCCCCGCGUGGCGCAUCUUUCACACAACUUUUGAUGUGGCUGCCAACUUCCAGGAUUUUGUCAUUGCGCUUGAUGAUGCCGCUGCGCAGGGGUCCUCGACGGGGCCUAUGGCAUCGCGCCUCGACGCCUCCAUCACGGACCCGUAUGACGUAUCCAUGGGCAUCUUCAGCCACACUGUGUGCGAGGGAGCUGCUGGUGGUACUGGUGCUUGGGCUCGGCUGGGCCUUUUGGAUGGACGUAUAUCAGGCUGA